GAAAGUCAUGGAUCUUUCGUGGUUGCUCGGGCACGCCCGUGUUUCGUUCCAUCACUCCAAGAACACUAUAUCCCUGGCCUCGAAAUCCGGAAAGAUGGCCUUGUCCGAUAUAUGCAAAGCAUCCACGCCUCCCUGCAAGCUGAAUCCUCUACUCUUCAAUGGCCAUCUUCAUACUGCCUGGACAGCCGUAAAGGCCGCUGGACCUCCCAUCAUGUACAAGCGUCAGAUCUUCGAGUCUGAUGACGAUCGUUUUGCAGGCACUUUUGCUGUAGACUUUGUAACCCACGAGCCGGCAUCGGCAGAAGACUCUAGCCUCCCUCCUCGUACGACCUACUUCACUGAGGAUGAGUUUUCAAAUAUUGGCAGUGAUGACACCAAGCCUAUGUUGAUCACGCUGCAUGGAUUGAGUGGUGGAUCGCACGAGAUCUAUCUCCGACAUGUGUUGGAGCCACUGGUGGACCAGAGUGAGCAAGGCGACUGGGAGGCCAUUGUCGUCAAUAGCCGCGGCUGCGCCAUGAGCAAGAUCACUACUGGUAUCUUGUAUAAUGCGAGAGCCACUUGGGAUUUGCGACAGACGGUCAAAUGGUGCAGGAAGAUGUACCCGAACCGUCCUCUGUACGCGAUUGGAUACUCUUUAGGUGCCAAUAUUCUCACAAACUAUCUCGGUGAAGAGGGAGAUGCGUGCGAGCUGCAAGCGGCCGUAGUCUGUUCCAACCCCUGGAAACUUGAGGUUGCCAGUCUUGCCCUGCAGCGCACUUGGCUUGGACUCAACGUAUAUUCCAAGACAAUGGGAACCAGCAUGAAGAAGCUNUUUGCACAACACGCGGAUCAAGUGGUCAAGAAAGGUAACAUUGACCCAGAGAGGGUUGCAAGGGUAACAUAUCUACACGAGUUCGACCGCGAGAUUCAGUGCCCGACUUGGGGAUAUCCGACAGAAUACGCGUAUUAUCGCGACGCAUCUUCGGCAGAUUCAGUUACUGCCAUUCGCAUUCCCACCUUCGCCAUCCAUGCUGAAGACGAUCCUAAUCCGUAUGUUGUCAUGUGCUCGACCUCGACUGGCGGCCACUUGAGUUGGUUCGAGGUUGGUGGAACGAGAUGGUUUUCCAAGCCGAAGAUGGCGCGAGAGUAUGAGACGGGUAGAAAGGACGGUCCCACGGGCACUCUGUCGGAGAUGACCAGAACCGCCACGUCCAACACUGGAUUCAAGAGCCCAUUUUCGUUUGAGCCAAUGCGUAGAAAAAUGUACCUUCCGGAG